GUGGGGCUCGGCGCUCCGCCGUUCCCGCUAUGUGCGGGGCGUGGGUGGAAUAACGUUGUGGCCGAGCGCGCGGGAGCGCGCAGGACCGGCACGACGCGGGGGGGCGUUUGCCAGGUUUUGUCUUUUUUUUUUUUUUUUUUUUUUUAAAGCGGGGGGAGGAUUUGGGGAAGCGGCCGGUCCCUCCCGAGGGGAUGACGUAGUCCUGCCAAGGAAAUAGAAGCUAAGCAGAAAAUGAGCUUAACAUCCUGGUUUCUGGUGAGCAGUGGAGGCACUCGCCACAGGCUGCCACGAGAGAUGAUUUUUGUUGGAAGAGAUGACUGCGAACUGAUGUUGCAGUCCCGAAGUGUGGACAAGCAACAUGCAGUAGUCAACUAUGAUUCCUCUGCUGAUGAACAUUUGGUGAAGGACUUGGGCAGCCUAAAUGGAACUUUUGUGAACGACAUAAGGAUUCCCGAACAGACCUAUAUCACCUUGAAGCUUGAAGAUAAGCUAAGAUUUGGCUAUGAUACUAAUCUUUUUACUGUAGUUCGAGGAGAAAUGCGCGUCCCAGAGGAAGCCCUGAAGCAUGAGAAGUUUACAAGCCAGUAUCAGCUGUCCCAAAAAUCGUCAGAAUCUGAAACGUCAAAACCAACAAGCUCCAAGAGUUUGGAGUCGAAGAUAGCAGACCCUGGAUCGGAAGUGCAACAUAAAGCAACUGAAGCGUUGAAGGCUGAAGAGAAAACCAUGGAUCUUUCUGCAGUACCCCGAGGCACCCCACUUUAUGGGCAGCCAUCUUGGUGGGGAGACGAUGAAGCCGAUGAAGAAAAUGCUUACAAGCAAGACGGCAAGCCUAUAGAAAAAAUCCAAGAAACUGGAGCUUCAGGGUGCAGCACAGAGGCCAAGCAAGUCAAGGAGCAGUCGGCAGCCGCCAACGAAGAGGUCCUUUAUCCUUUCUGUAGGGAACCAAGUUACUUUGAAAUCCCUACCAAAGAAUUCCAGCACCCACCCCACACGGCCGAGAGCACCAUUCACGAAAUCCCAACGAAAGACACCCAAAGCUGUCACGCGGCCGGCCCAGGCCAUGCUUCCUUCACUAUUGAGUUCGACGACAGCACUCCGGGCAAAGUCACCAUCAAAGAUCACGUGACCAAACUGACCCCGGACCACCGCCACAGGUCGAAGAAGUCCUCUCCCUCGGGCACCCAAGACAUACCCGGGAUUCAGACCGGGAUGGUGGCCCCGGAGAGUAAAGUGGCCGACUGGCUAGCCCAGAACAACCCCCCGAGGAUGAUCUGGGAAGGAACCGAGGAGGACUCCAAAAGCAUCAAGAGCGACGUCCCGGUUUACUUGAAGAGGUUGAAAGGGAAUAAACACGACGACGGCACCCAGAGCGAUUCGGAAAACGCAGGGGCGCACCGACGAUGUAGCAAGCGGGCAACUCUCGAAGAGCACUUAAGGCGUCACCACUCGGAGCAGAAAAAAUUGCACGCGAAGACCCAAGCACCCGAAAAGCAUCAAGAACCAACUGUCACUAGCUCUGCCCACCACAGGACGGGGCCUGGCGCCCCGCACGGCAAACUGCUCAAGCAGAAAUCGGAGGAGCCGCUACCCUUCCUCCAAACCGCUCUGUUGAGGAGCUCGGGGAGUCUCGGGCACCGGCCGGGGCAAGAGAUGGAUAAAAAGUUAAACGCCCAAGCCGCUUCCACCCCCGCCGAAAAGGACAACGACGACGACCAGAGCGACAAAGGCACGUACACCAUUGAGCUGGAGAAUCCCAAUACCGAAGAAGAGGAGGCCCGUAAGAUGAUUGACAAGGUCUUCGGCGUGGAUGACAGUCAAGAUUAUAACAGGCCCGUUAUCAUUGAGAACCAGAAAGAUUUGGUAAAAGACUGGGCCCUGAAUUCCGCGUCAGUUGCCCUGGAAGAAAGAAAACCACUGAUUUCAUCCGGAUUUCUUGAUUCAGAGGAAGGCCGUUCGACCGGAAGCAAACGCUGGGUAUCACAGUGGGCUAGUUUGGCUGCUAAUCACACGAAACACGACCAGGACGAGCAGAGACUGGAGUUGCGUGCAUCCGCUCAUCUUGAAAUCGAGGCCGACGUCCGCGAAUCCGGCGUCUCGGUGCGUAGUACCGGUUCGACCACUUCCUUGGCCAGCCAAGGGGAGAGGAAGAGUCGGACCCUGCCCCAGCUUCCAAGUGAGGAGAAACCGCCCGAGUGUCCCAGGGGAAAGACCGUGUCCCAGAGAUCGGAGAUCGGGGAGAAACAAGACACGGAACUUCAGGAGAAAGAAGCGCCCACUCAGAAGGAGAAAUCACUAGAUGGCGACCCCAGGUUGCUCGGGAGAGCGAACAGGACAGCGAAUGGCCAGGCCCUAAAAAGUGGCGGGGACCACAGGGUCCCGUUCCUUGCGGGCAGCUGCUCUCCCGGGAGAGAGAAGAGCGAAACGGGCAGGGAAGAGUUCACGGUGAAGCAGGCGCUGGCCAGGAUUCACCAGCAGGAGCAGGCCCAGCGGACCCCGACCGCGUUAGCGUCCAUCAGACUCGCCUCCGGUUCGGAUAGAAGCAGGGAGGAAUCUCCUCGGCAGAGUCCCCACGCUCAAGAGAGAAUCGCCGGACCUGCUGGAGGUAAAGUAGAGAGGGCAGCCCAGCUGGAGGGAAAGAGAAGGAAAACGGAGGAGAUUCUGAAGAGUCAAACCCCGAAAGGACUGGGCGGGGACAAGAAAGACUCCUCCAAGCCGUUAGUGAGACAAGGGAGCUUCACCAUAGAGAAACCAAGCACAAACGUCCCGAUAGAACUCAUUCCUCACAUUAAUAAACAAACCGCCACUCCCCCGUCGCUCGCCCUGACCCCCGCGAGCCGAUUACGGGAGAGAAGCGACUCCAUGGACACUGACUCCAGCAUGGACACCACCCUCAUUUUGAAAGACACGGAAGCCGUCAUGGCCUUCCUCGAAGCCAAACUCCGCGAAGAGAACAAGACGGACGAAGGCCCCGACACGCCGAGCUACAACCGGGACAACUCCAUCUCCCCCGAGUCCGACGUGGACACGGCCAGCACCAUCAGUCUGGUCACCGGCGAGGCGGAAAGGAAAUCGACCCAAAAGCGAAAGAGCUUCACCAGCCUGUACAAAGACCGGUGCUCGGCCGGGUCCCCGUCCAAAGACGUCCCCAAAUCGUCGUCCUCCAGCGCCCGCGAGAAGGCGGAGAAGAAGACGAAGAGCCGGUCCGGCGACGCCGGGUCGAGGGCCGAGGGCCGCAAACUCCGCCAGCCCUCGGUGGAUCUGACGGACGACGACCAGACGUCCAGCGUCCCCCACUCGGCCAUCUCGGACGUCAUGUCGUCGGACCAGGAGACGUACUCGGGCCGACCGCACGGCAGGGCCCCGUUCCCCUGCGUCGACGAAGGCGGGCCCUCCAAACCGGAGGGCGGCAAGCUGGCCAAGUCCAAGACGUCGCCCGCGACCCCCGGGGCGACCGGCAAAUCGACGACCCUCCCGAGGCCGAGGCCCACCAGGACGUCGCUCCUACGCAGAGCCCGGCUGGGCGAAGCCUCGGACAGCGAGCUGGCCGACGCCGACAAGGCCUCGGUGGCCUCCGAGGUGUCCACCACCAGUUCCACGUCCAAGCCGCCGUCGGGGAGGCGGAACGUCUCGAGGAUCGACCUGCUGGCUCAGCCGCGGAGGACGAGGCUCGGCUCCCUGUCGGCCCGUAGCGACUCCGAAGCCACGCUGUCCAGGAGCGGCACCUCCCUGCGUGCCCCAGAAGCCCUCAUGAGGAGCGGGGCGAGGCUGACGCCGUCCGAAAAAAUCUCUCCGAGAAUCAGAGCCAACAGUAUUUCUCGGCUGUCCGACUCGAAGGUCAAAAGUCUGACUUCCACCCAUAGCUCGCCCUCAGUAAAUUCAAGAUGGAGGCGCUUUCCUACUGAUUAUGCUUCCACCUCAGAAGAUGAAUUUGGAUCAAACCGUAAUUCCCCUAAACAUACCCGUCUACGUACUUCUCCAGCCCUGAAAACCCCUCGAUUGCAGAGCACAGGAGCAGCAAUGCAAAGUAGCUCUUCGUUCAAGCAUCGGAUCAAAGAGCAAGAAGAUUACAUCCGAGACUGGACAGCUCACCGCGAAGAAAUAGCGAGGAUCAGUCAAGAUCUGGCUCUCAUUGCUCGGGAAAUCAACGAUGUAGCGGGAGAGAUAGAUUCAGUGACUUCGUCAGGCACUGCCCCUAGUACCACAGUAAGCACUGCUGCAACCACUCCUGGCUCUGCCAUAGACACUAGAGAAGAGGUAGGAGAUCUUCAUGGAGAAAUGCAUAAGUUGGUCGAUCGUGUUUUUGACGAAAGUCUCAACUUCAGAAAGAUACCUCCCCUAGCUCAUCCUAAACCGCCAGAAGGGAACGGCCGAGUCUGUGAUUCCAGACCUCAGCUGUCGGACACUCCGGAGUCCUUAACGAUUACCCGGCGGAGAACCUGGAGCCGAGAUGAAGUCAUGGGAGAUAACCUGUUGCUGUCAUCGGUCUUCCAGUUCUCUCGCAAGAUAAGACAAUCUAUAGACAAAACAGCUGGUAAAAUCAGAAUUUUGUUUAAGGACAAGGACCGGAAUUGGGAAGAAAUAGAAAACAAACUGAGGAUUGAAAGUGAAGUCCCUAUUGUGAAAACAUCAAGCCUGGAGAUUUCUUCCAUCUUGCAGGAGCUGAAAAGAGUUGAAAAGCAGUUACAAGUGAUCAACGCCAUGAUCGACCCGGACGGGACCCUGGAAGCUCUGAACAACCUGGGGUUCCCCUGCCCCUCCUUCCCAGGGCAGACGAAAGCGAAGACCAGCCCCGUGAACCCCGGGGCCCAGGCCCAACUCCCGCCCAACGGCCAGCCUGAAGCCCGCGCCCCCGACCCCGCCGCCACCCCCGGCCUGCCCGAGUUUGACAAUCCCGAGGCCGAGGCCGACUUCAGUAUACACUUCAACCGGUUCAACCCCGAAGGGGAGGAGGAGGACGUGGUGGUCCACGAGUGACGGCCUCUCUGGGCCCCGAAAUCUUCCAGGGCGCUGAGCGUCGGCGGGGUGAAGGGGCGGGAGGGCGCCCGGGUAGAGUCACGGUGGCGAUUUCUUCCAAGGAAAAAUAGUUUGAUUAAUGGCGAUUGUUUCGUUAUACCCACCUGGGGUUUUUUUUUUGUGUUUUUUUUUUUUAAAAAAAAAACCUGUAACGCUUUGAUUGUCACAUUAAUCCUGUCCAACCAUUAAGAGAAGCGUCGAAACAAGUGCGGGGAAGCAGAUGGCAGCAGCUUUGUCCGUUGUGGUUGUGUGCUUUGUGGAAAGAGUUGGAAGUGUGGCCUUCCUCUCCCCCGGGUGAAUCCCUGGAACCGCGGUGAGCUCCCCCCGACCCCCAGAGCCGACGGACGCCCACCGUUCCCGCCACCCCAACCUGCCGGUGCCAAGCUGCUCUCUAAGACUUGACUUCCUUUUCAGUGCGUAUGGUUUUGUGCAUCUCUUCCAUUGGUUUCUAGUCCUGGGGUUUCCAGGAGGAUCCAUUACCACCGGGGGGGAGACGACACAUGAUAAAGUCCCAGAAAGACAGACUUCACCAAGCAUUCAUUCUUCCGGCCUCAAGUUUUUCCAACGGUUCCAUUUCUCCUCGAACUGGGUUGCUAUGUAAAUUUCUUGGGGUUGACAGAGUUUAACUGUUAUGUUUGCACUAAUGAUUGCUGGGAGUGGUGGGGGGGACAUAUCUAUAUAUCGGUAAGAGCGAAGGUCUUGUUGUGUACAUAGGAGAUUGCUACUAUCCCGUUCCUUUGACCGCCACGACGUUUUAAGCCACUUACGGAUGACCAAUUUGGCACUUUCUCCUUUUUUUUUUAUUUUAAUAUAAGAGUAGAAUGACUUCACAUCUCAUUUUCGGUCCAAAUAGUUAUUUGAAGUUUAAAGGCAAGUUUCAACAGACAUCUGAUUGGCGGGGGGUGGGGCGGGGAGGAGGGCGGUAUAUUUUUGAAAAUCCUUUAGAAGGCAAGGUAUAAAUGGAUUCUCCAGCAUCACCGCGUUGAAAGGUGAGAAUUUUUUCAAAGCAACUCUUGGAAUGAUCACAAGUGAGGAAGUUUUCUUCUCUAAGCGAGCCGGUAGUCAGAAUUUAGUCGGUGUUUCACUCCCGAGCAGAUGAAUCGCUCCUAAAUGUCCCCUUUAGAGUCCCUAGUAUCUCCCCUUUGUUCGAUAUGUUUAUGAGAACUCUGGAUGGCGACUGUUAAAGUAGGCUCUUGGGUCCCACCAAUGAAUAGUAAGUCUCUGAAAUAUGCUAUGUAAACCCGUUUUCCCAAGCUGUUCCAGAAGUUACCAUUUGGAAACGUUAUAAAGAAAAAAAGAAAAAAAAAGAAAAAAAGUAAAUGACCUUGUAUUUCCAGAACACUAUAAUUUGGAGAAAUCUUAAUUCUGUUUAAUCUGACUAAUAGACUGGAAUUUUCUUAUGUUUGCCUCGGUCUAUAAAAGGAAGAAAAAUACAAUUUUUGCAGCUUUUAUGAAAUGGUCUUUAAUAUUUCAGCAAUAACCCUGUGCUUCUCUUGUUUGUACAUUUCUAAAACUCGGCAGGAUUUCUGAAAUCCCGCUCAAGGUCGGACCAGUCAAUAAUCCAAAAACCUUUUUGUAGAGAUGUGGAAAAAAAAAUCGGUUGUAUCAUGGAUCUCUUAUUUUUGCUUUACAUUUACAAAAGUGAAUAAGAUAUUCUUCUCGUAAAGCUAAAUCUCCCCGCUCCAUCUAACAGAGGAGACCCAGAGAUGGUGUUAGAGAAGGGAAAAGGAAGGUUUGAAAUGCUUUGAGGGAAUAAACAAAAACUGUAAAACAGGGUCAAUCGGUCGGAAAAAAGGUAAGCAGAAUAAUCACCAUUUUUCCUCUUUUAUUUAAUGUCUGGGUACCUGAUUUUUCCACAGAGAGGUGGAAGUUAAGGGUUGCUUAGGAAAAUAUUAAUAUUUUAGGUAUGUCUCACCUGAUGGUUUCGAGCGUUUACACGUUUAUGUUCUGUAAUGAGCAUUUUGCCUUUACUCUGUUAUCCUUAUUUUAUAUGAACACAUUAUCCUCCUUAUUUAUUUUUGUUACAAUAUUACUUAUGUUAUUUUGUUACACAUUUACAAUUCCAUUUUUGAAUAAAGUGUUUCUGGAACUUUA